AUGUCAUCAAAAAUUAGUGGACUUAUGCGUCGAUUUAAUCCUAAAUGGUUUAAAGAGUAUGAAAGUUGGUUGGAAUAUAGUAUUGAAAAGGAUGCUGCAUAUUGUUUAUAUUGUUACCUAUUUAGACAAGAUGUUGGUAUGCAAUCUGGAGGUGACAUUUUUGUGACAAAGGGAUUCAAUAGUUGGAAUAAGAAAGAAAAGCUAGACCUACAUGUUGGAGGUGUUAAUAGUGCCCAUAACCAAGCUCUUAAGAAUGAUCAUAAUGAUGUUAUUAAUGAAGUGUUGCAAAAAACUCCAAAAAACAGCAAGCUAGCCCAUCCUGAUAUUCAAAAAGACAUUGUGAAUGCAGUUGCAUAUAAAACUACCGAUGCCAUCAUCGAAGAUCUUGGCAGUGGGUUCUUUUCAAUUUUAGUUGAUGAGUCCCGUGAUAUCUCAAUAAAAGAACAAAUGGUUGUUGUUUUGCAUUAUGUGGACAAAAAGGGAAUUGUUACAAAGCAAUUUCUUGGUAUUUUGACUCUUGUAGCAGUUGCUAACAAGCAUACUAAUAUUGCUGAAUUUUUUAGCCUGGUUAGUAAAAUAGUAACUAUUGUUGGAGCUUCUUGUAAAAGACAAGAAUUUUUACGAAAUACACAACUUGCAAAAAUUACAGAAGCAUUAAACUUGGGUGAACUUGAAAGUGGGCAAGGUUUGAACCAAGAGACAAGUCUUAAACGUGCUGGUGAUACAAGUUGGGGAUCACAUUAUAGGACAAUCCUCAACUUGAUUUUGAUGUUCUCUUCCACAGUUGAUGUACUUAAGAUGAUUGAAAAGGAUAACCUACUCUCUAAGCAAAGAGUUGAAUCUUGA